UCGUUGUGGUCAGAGGCCAGGAGAGUAUGGCUGAUGGUGUGACAAAGGCAUUGUGCGCAAUUGCGAAGUGUGGGAAGGAGGUGCUCUCAUUGCAAGCUCAGGUUCACAGCCUCAGCCUCAUGAUGGCCCUCCAUUGAAGUAUCUCCCUUGUUCUUACUACUGGUCCAUGUGUUAGCGAUUGCUGUCGAUAGCAAGAUCUGGGUCGAUGUGCUCGUGCCUUGUCAAACGGUCCGCAAGUCCGAAACAUCACACGAUAGGGAAGAAUGGUUCGGUUGAUCAAGACUGACGAUCUUUCCGUGCGUGUAUACGAGGGCCGCAAUGUUCCAGGAUAUGCAAUCCUUUCGCAUCGCUGGGAAGCUGGCGAGAUCAGCUUGCAGGAAUUGCAAGGCAAUCUCAAUCAACACAAGGCAGGCUGGCUGAAACUUCGACGAUUUUGUCAAUUUGCAGAUUACAAGGGCCAUCGAUUUGUUUGGAUAGACACCUGCUGCAUCGACAAGACCAGCAGCGCUGACCUCUCCGAAGCUAUCAACUCGAUGUUCAAGUGGUACCGCCGAGCAGAAAGAUGUUAUGCCUAUUUGUAUGAUGUGCUACCCAGGGGGGACCUACCUUUUUCGGACUGGAUGCAGAGCUUCAGAUGCAGCGAAUGGUUCGAGCGUGGCUGGACUCUUCAAGAACUUCUUGCGCCUCGCGAAUUGAUCUUCGUGUGCCGAAGUUGGGAGGAGGAAAUUGGCACAAGGACAUCUUUGAGCGAAGAGGUAAAAGAGGCCACUGGAAUCCCCAAGCAAGCUCUGGUGCAAAGUUGGUCUUUGAAGGACGAUCUCGGCAGUCCUAAAUACAGCAUUGCACAGGUCAUGUCCUGGGCUUCUGGCCGUCAUACUACACGAACUGAAGACACCGCGUAUUCCCUGAUGGGUCUGUUCCACAUAAGCAUGCCUUUGCUUUACGGAGAAGGGCAAAACGCAUUCGUUCGACUUCAGCUGGAGAUCAUGAGUAAAUACGACGACUACAGUUUGUUUGCGUGGACUACCUCUCUCCCAAGCCUGUUAUCGGCCCGUAAUCAGGCACUCAAUCAAUCUCUGGAGGUCCCAGGCGGGUAUAGGUGGGGCGGUCUCCUUGCCCCUACGAUUCGUUGUUUCAAGAAUUGUAACAACUAUCGCCGCGUUUUCAUGACAGACGACCACGAUUGCUCACGCUCGAUCUCCAUGACAAGCAGAGGUAUUCAACUUCAGGCCCCGCUUCGAAGACACAGGCAAGGCCGCAACGAGUGGCUUCUGCUGCUGGAUUGUGGCAGAGAGGGAAACCGGAAGCACCGAUUUGGGCUAGUAGUCCAUGCAAAUUUUGACAGAAAAUACGCUAGGCGUCUUCAGGAGGAUGAGGGCUUCAUAACUGACCUGGUGGAUUGUGAAGUCGACACGGAACGGGAACGCUGGUCAGAGUAUGAGCUUUGUAGCUUGGUUAUGACGCAAGACUGGCCGGGCGACCACGAAUGAAUUUUGAAUACCUCUGUGUACAA